GGUCAAAUUGUCAUAUCUAAAACUGUGUUUCUAAUGUAUGUGGAAUAAUUGUUCUGAGGAACGAGCUGUUACAGAGCCACUUAGCCGACUGCUAGCUGUCUGAGUGAGCUAGCUUGUGUGAAACAUUAGUCCAGGUAUCUGAUGUGAAGUAGCACUCAUGAAUACCCGUCGGCGCCACACUCCUCGGAGCAUCCAGGAAGGGGUUUACACUGGGCCUUCACAGACCCAGACCCAGCUGAUCCAGCAGCUGGAGACCCCUCUGUCUGUACCUCUUGCACCUCCUGUAGACCCCAUCAGCAUGUCCUGCCGGGACCGCACCACUGAGUUUCAGUCUGUGUGCAAGUCUCUGCAGGGGAGACAGAAUGGAGCAGAGAGCAUGAAACCAGUCCACAACGCUAUCAGGCAGAGGAGUGACUUCACCCUCAUGGCAAAGAGAAUUGGCAGGGACCUUAGCAACACCUUUGCAAAGUUGGAAAAGCUCACAAUAUUGGCCAAACGCAAAUCCCUCUUUGAUGAUAAAGCAGUGGAGAUCGAUGAGUUGACAUAUAUUGUGAAACAGGAUAUUAACAGCCUGAAUAAACAGAUAGCCCAACUCCAGGAGCUUGUCCGAUCCAGAAAUGGCCAAAACAGCAGACAUCUUCAAACACAUUCCAAUACUAUUGUUGUAUCGCUGCAGUCAAAGUUGGCAUCCAUGUCAAGUGACUUCAAGUCAGUUCUGGAAGUGAGAACAGAGAACCUGAAGCAGCAGAGAAGCAGGCAAGAGCAGUUCUCUCAGUCGCCAGCCUCUACCUCCUCCUUCCAUAACUCCAGCUUUAACAAUUCAGUGUUGAUGCAGGAUAGUUCCAAGAAAGCAGAUAUUUCCAUAGACAUGGAUCUGCGUUCCAGCCAGCAGAUGCUUCUCCUCAAUGAGAAGGAUUCUUUUAUUCAGGACCGAGCAAACACCAUGCAAAACAUAGAGACCACGAUCGUAGAACUGGGAUCUAUUUUCCAGCAGUUGGCCCACAUGGUGAAAGAACAGGAAGAGACGGUUCACAGGAUCGACUCUAACGUAGAAGACACUCAUCUCAAUGUGGACAUGGCUCAUACGGAAAUCCUCAAGUACUUUCAGUCCGUCUCCAAAAAUCGCUGGUUGCUCAUCAAAAUCUUCCUCAUCCUCAUCGUUUUCUUCUUCAUCUUCGUUGUCUUCUUGGCCUGAAAACUAUGGAUGACGUUUCAAUCCGUGACUGAGUGGCUAAGAAGAAGGAUUCAGUAGAGAGUUAACAUGUUAAAUAAAGCAAGGAUCCCUCAGCUUUGGUGCGGCUAGAUGCCAUAAUACUGUAGAGCAUCUAUAAAUAAUGUGACUUCACAGAAUCUACACCUUUGGAUCAUAAGCAGUGUUCUCUGAUACUACUUUGGUUUUAUCCAUUGAGUAAUUUUAUAACAGAAAACAUAUUCUCACCCCACUUCUUUCGGUUAGAAGACAAGGUAGCUACACCAUUGCAGUUGUAAAUAGAUUGUUUCAUUCAUCCUUUUAAUGAUCAUUGGGCUUUAAGAAUAAUACGGAUAGCGUGUAACCGGCGCUUACGUCUCAAGCAUUUUUUGCACUGUGAAUCAGAGCCAUGUUUAUCUGGAGACGGGAUCUAGUUGGGGCAGAACUCUUAAAUAGGGUGCCAGUUGUGCCUCAUUUAAAAACCAGCCUACUCAGGAGAUCCUGGCUAUGCCACUUGGUGGAAUAGAUGGCAUACUCUCUGUCCUUUGGCAAUUACAGCAACACUAGCCGAUCGUGGAUUUCAGAGAGCUCACAUAUGCAAAUGCCUCAGAGUUUUUAUCCUUCAUGGUGGUGUGAUGGCCAGAGUGCUGGCUAUUGCAUGGGUAUUUUCAAUUAUACCAUAUUGGGGAGAAAUUGGAAGGAAAUUAAUAAUACAUUUUAAAGGGCAAUGUGUGCAUUUGGCCAAAAUUUUGGUCAGAUUUACUAGCAAUUAUUUAAUAUCCAAAUUUGUCAUAAUAUUUGCUUCAGGAAGAAAGAAACUCGAAAGUUACAGCAUUCACUGCAUUUUAUUGAAUACGUAAAUACCAUAGAUGUGGCAGCAAAGUUUAUAUCAGCUAUCCAAUUCAGAUCCAAAGAGUACAGUUUUACGGUUUAAAAUGUAAAGACGAGUAGACACUAACUCACUGUUUCUUGCCGACAUUCCACUUCUUAAGACGUACAGCUGUACUGUGAAACGGGGAAUAAAAAUCCAGCAGGUAAAUGAGGUGGCCUGAACAGAUCAGGCUCUGCCCUGUUAGUCUUCAUUUUUUUAUACCACUUUUUAUAGAGUGGUCAGAACUUCUCAUGGCUUCUUUAUUCUUUCUGGUUCGUAAUCUUUGACAAAGUCACAAUCACAGAAAUUUCUGUUUUGAUUCACAAUAAAAAAUUUCAUUCCCAUUACUUAUUUUACAUUGUGAUGGUAAAUUCGAUGUACAAUCGAUCAGUAUCUUAA